GAAAAAGUGGCUGGAAGACAGCUGAUGAUGGCAACGGACGAGUCCCCCGGCCAGGAGCAUGCUGUGUUCAUGCAAUGGGCCAAGUCCCAAGGCGUGACGAUCAACGGCAUCACUCCAGCGCGAUUCCCCGGCCGACGCCUGGGCAUGAAAGCGACGCGGACGAUAGAAGAGAACGAGGUCAUGCUCAGCGUGCCCGUAUCAGCAAUGCUGACCAUCGACUCCAUCCCCGCAUCGUUCGUGGAGCAAUUCCCCUCACGCACCUCCAUCCAUUGCAUUCUCGCUGCAUUUCUCAGCCAUGGAGACGCCUCUUUACUCCAGGAGCUAGAACCCUGGCGCAAGGUAUGGCCGAACUUCCGCGAGUUCGAGGACACCAUGCCCGUGCUUUGGCCAGAGCAUCUCCGCCGGUCCAACUCCGCCUUCGAGAAGGCCACAAGCGACAGCAGCAGCGAGACUUCAUCGUCGUCAACAGCACCACCAAGCCUUCUACCCCCCUCAAUCUCCGGACUCUGGAAUACCUUCCAGCCGGAACCAGUAGGCGUGGACUACGAAACCAGAUACCAGAACCUGCUGGCCCAGCAGGAGAAUCGGCUACAGACCGCAUGGACACAUAUGCGCACCGUAUACCCAGAAAUCGAGUGGAGCACGUUCGCCUACUACUGGUUCAUCAUCAACUCGCGGAGCUUCUACUACGUCUCGCCGGGCAAAGAGGAGCCGGAGGACUGGAACGAUGCCAUCGCCAUGGUCCCGUUUGCGGAUUACUUCAACCACGACGACGAUGCGGCAUGCGAAGUCAUCUGGACCGGCCAGAACUACCUGUUCAAAGCCACCCGCCAAUACGAGCAAGGCGAAGAAAUCUUCAUGAGCUACGGCUCCCACUCCAACGACUUCCUCUUCGUCGAAUACGGCUUCUUCCUCCCCACCAACCCCUCAGAUAGCAUCUACCUCGACGACAUCAUCUUCCACGACCUCACCAUCGAGCAGAAGAAAGACCUCAUCGGGCAGGACCUGUUCGGAAACUUCGAACUCACACUGCCCGCAACCUCACCGACACUCCCCAAACACAUCCAAGCAGCAGCCGCCUUGAAAACCAUGGCCCGCCGCGACUGGAAACUGUGGAUCACCGGCCGCUCGCGGCGGGGGUUUCGCGGCGACAGGUGCGCGGAGGUGGUUCGGGGGUGGAUUGAGGUGUAUCGCGGGGAGUGCGAGGCGGUGGUUGCGCGGAUUGAGGCGAUGUUGGAUGAUGACCACCAGAACUGCGUGGGGGACCGGGGGGGUAGUGUAGAGGGGAAGAGUGAUGGGGGCACUUGGGAGCGGUGCAGACUUAAGAUGUUGGUGGAGAGGUGGAGGCAACUUCGGGGGUUGUGUGAGGGGGCGUUGGAGAUGAUUGGGGUUGGGGAUACAGGUAGAGCUAGAUAG